UUGGGAGUCCUCAACGGUCUCCCGGCCCAACUCAAACAGUUGGACUCGGCCAAUCAUCCAAUGCCUUUGCGUCCUCGGCUUCCGGAGAGCGCUAGUCCCCAUCGGGCCACUCUGCAGCUGACGCAGCCCUGAGUCAUCAGUCACCUGACGCCCCACCGGCGAACUUCCGCGGGCUGAAAGUUGGAGAUGCGAAGGGCUUCUCUCUCGCUCGUUGUCGGGUUUGGGUUGCCAACGCUGGGAUGUAUGAGCCGUUGUAUCUUUCCUUUGACCCCUACCCCAGUGUGGUCCCCCGUGUGAGGGUACGAGGCGUCAUGGCUCUCUUCCUCGCCGUCACCAUCCUUUGGGCUCUGAUCUGGCUGCUAUACCGUGCAUGGCAGGUCUGCCAGACCUCCAACGAUGUUCUCGUCGAAAAGCUGGGCUUGGAUAUCCCUCCGCCGCCAGAGGUUACGUUGGAGGAGAUCACUGCCCGUGAGAUUCGCAUCGCUUGGAAACAGCCCGAGUUCCAUAAUUCGAUUCACAAGCAUAUCAUCCAGGUGAACGGCACAAAAGUGGGCGAGUCGAAACGAGCCGAAACCGCAGUCGAAAUUCUAGAUUUGGUCCCUGGCAACAUUUACCACAUCUGCGUCCUCUCCGUCAGUGCAGCCAACUUCCAAACGCCCAGUGCUAUCAUCCAUGUCCGAACGAAAUCUCUUCCUCUGUCCCAGGCGCAGCAGAACGCCCCCGUCGGUGGUCCCUCCAUUCGGGCGUCGAUUCCGCGCUCGACUGCCGGCCUUGCAGCCCCUUCGGCCCCCAUUAUGUCUCGCGAGCACAGCGGCGGUCAGAUCCAAUCCAAACGGUCGUCGGCUGGUCGAAAGCAGUCCCCCGCCGCCAGCGGAGCGGAGGCUUCUCACAGUCAGUUGGAGGAGCUGCAGAAGAAUAUACCCGGCAAUGAUCGUGACGAAACCCUGGAGAAACUCGCCGACAGACUGAAAUCAUUGCAACAAGAAAACGAGAACGUCGAAAAGCAGACCACCGAUGAAGAUGAGGAACAUGUUGCGCUACUGAAAGAACUCGAAAAACAGCGUGAUGAUCUACGGAAACGGGUCAAGGAGAAGGACGAGGCUAGUGGAGAUCUCAAGAAGCAUGUGUACAAGCUUGAAAGCGUCAAUCGCACCGUGCAGAGCGAGAAGGCUAAGCGCCAGCGUCUCCUCCAGCAGAAGGAGUCCGAGCGUAAAAAGCGCAAGGAUGACAUCGUGCGAUGGCAGGAACGGAUGGCGCGGAUGACAUCCGAUGCCGAGGGUGCGAAGGAGGAGAAGGAACGCAUAGAAGCAGAUGGCAAGGCUCGUGCCGAUGAGGUGCGGGAGAAAAUCGCCCAGCAACAGGCCGAGAUGAAGGUGGUCGACGAUGAGAUCCAGGACAAGGGUGGCCGCGUCAAGAAAUUGGAGGAGGAAAGAAAGGAUCACCAAGCACCCGACAGCGAAGAUGGCAGGGAGCUGGACCGAAUCGACAACGACCGGGCUCGCCAGUGGGAGAUCAAGCUGAGCAAUCUCCAUGCACGAUACGCUACGCUUGUAGGCCUUCAUGCGCAGGCGCAGCAGCAGUAUCAAGAAGCGCAAGAGCGUUUCAAGUGGUUGACCUCCCAGCGACCCGGAAGCACGGCGCCGUUCUCUCUGCCUUCUCUGGAUCUCGACCUGUCUAACAACGCCACCAUCCGUCCUCGUCGUCACCGCAGUUCGCUUGCCAGCAACGUUUCAUCUCCCAUGAACUUCUCUGCUCUAGAACCGUCGUUUCCAGGUGGCAUCAAUUACAAUCCGCCCUCCACAAACUCGCCCACGUUUGGCCCGACUCCUGCUUUCUUCAAUAUCAACAACGGAAUGACUCUACCCGGCCUUUCGGGCCAACCGGACCCGCUUCGUUUGGAGUCGGACAUCUCUUUCAGCAAUCCGCAAAUGAGCCCACGCGCCGACGCAUUGCUACCGUCGGAUCUUCUCGGGGAUGAAGAGUCUCCAGAGCUCCCACGGCCAAUAGUGCGCCCUCGAUUCCCGGAUCUUGAACCGUCAGGUACCCAGCUCGAGAACUUCCCCCACGGCCCACCAUCACCGGACUCGUCCGGAAGUCAACCCGGCAGUAUCUUUGCCAGUCCGCAUGAAAGCCAGAAUCAAGAUACCGAGUCUCAGCCCGGGCAUUUGGGAGAUGCAGAGGAGGCGCCGAAGAGCGCAACCCGGAGACUAUCGGGUCUCUUCAAUUUCCACCGGCCUCGAGGGAAAACCCUGGCAGAUGAGCCGCCUCUGCUGGGUUCGUUGAAACCGGGACAGAGCCAGUCCUUCCCACGGAACCUUGAUGAGAUGGACCCGAUUGGAGCGAGGCGUCGUCGGUUGAGUUACACCGGCAACUGGGCCAACCCAAUCUCGUUACUCCCCAGGAGCAAUACCACCGGAGUGACGAACGACAGUUCCUCGGAUCAUCUGCCAUCUCGACGGGCCGCUUUUUCGAGCAUCUUCUCUCCCAGCCGAUUCGGAUUCGGCAGCGGCAGCAAUUUGGGCAAAUCCGGCGAAUCGUCGGACCUGAAUACCGGGUACAACCAAUUCAGCCCUAGACAUGACCCGAUCGAUCCGUCCUCGAUCCUGGGGACUGUUCGGCGCGGCUCAUUGUCGCCGCGGCCAUCGUCGACAUUUUCAUUCGACAACCAGCUGCCGCAUCCUUCCACAGACAAUCGGCACUUCGGCUGGCCCUCGACCGAAAAGUCGGACCACCGAAGUCUGCUGGGCUUUGACUGGACUUCCCCGUCGACUUGGUCGCGCGUGCAUUCGCGUCGGCCAUCCACGCAAUACGGCUCUUCCGGCCACCUCCCCCUCGGACUCACGGGGGAGCCUGAUUUUCCACAAGACUCCUUCGAGAGACAGGGUCGGCCCCUUCAAGCCCCAAUCGGUACACGCCCCUCAUCUUCCCAUCGACCCGUUACUCCGAAACUAAAUCCAGCGGCCCCUUCUUUCAAGACCAUUUUUACCGGGAAACGCUCCGAUAAGGAUAAGGAGAAAGAGAGGGCUAAGGACAGGGACCCCGACGCUUCGUUUGAGUUUUUGAUGGACGACGGCUCACCCUCCGAGUCUCGCGCCUCUCGGGACUCGCGAUCCUUGUCAAUCCUCACCGGAGACUCGCACGAGUCGUUGGAGCGCAUGCCGUCUGCAGCUUCCGCGGAUACCAACAGUCCGAAAGAAUCCUUCAUCCGGAAAAUCACGCGCAAAGGUAGUUCGGGGAAAUUCAGUUCGUGGAAGGACCGCUCGGGACUGUUCUUCAAGAAGGGCGAUUCGUCCCAGGGCGACAUUGAAGAGGACGGGAACGGCGAGUCCCAGCUUGCCAAAAGUAUGGACAGUACCGUCUCCAGCGCUCCAUCAGCGGACAGGUCGACGCGAAGUAGCCUGGGUUUCUUCAGUCGAAAGUCAAGGAAAUCCGACAAGGCCGCCAGCGAGACGAGCGAACGACCGAGCGAACGCAGCGAAAUCGGCGAUGACGAAAUUCCGGAGGAAACCACUUCAUAAUACACCUUCAUUGGCAAUUUUCAUAUUUUAUAGCGUCUGUCAUAGAUAGAUCCACCCUCAUUUCUGUCUUUCCUUGGAUUGGUUUAUAUUUUCAUGGCGUUGAACAUCACAUGGUUAGAUUCCAGGAUAGCAGAUAUUUUCUUUGAAGUAAUUCAUCAGGCCAGCUCAGUCUUACGGCCGAAUAUUGAAUC